AUGGUGGAGAAUGUGCCACCUCCAGCUUCGCUACCCGCGAUAGUACCGACAAGUUUGGCUCAAAUUGAGCAGCUCAAGAACAUUUUCUUCUUCUUGCAAACUUUUAAUGUGGAUACUGCCAAGCUGGUCGCGGCACAAAACGAUACGAUCGAGGCACUCAACGGCAAGAUCAAGGCCCAGGACGGCAAGAUCAAGGCCCAGGACGGCAAGAUCAAGGCACUUGACGACAGGAUCAAGGUCCACAACGACGAGAUCAAGGCAAUUCGCGACAAGAUCAGCGCUCAAGAUGGCAAGAUCACUGCCCUGGAGAGGCAGAUCGCGCGCCUGCAACCUGAAGUUAAAAGUCAAAGCACAGCAACGUACCAUCGAAGCGCAAAAUGCGAAGAUCGCGGUACUGAAGACAAUACGGGAAAAUACAGCCAAGGGCAACGAAGCUCUGCACUGUCACUUGCCAAUAAAGAACUGAUUCCUUCUAAGCUCAUGUGA